CUAUAAGAAGCCCUGGGGCUCUGGGGAGAAGCUAGCAUCUUAGCUAAGAAGGCAAGAUGAGUUACAGCCUUGUCUUCCUUCUGGUCCUUUUCUUCUACCUUGGCUCUGCCUCCAAGGCUUUGGAGACUCUGACCUCUGCCCCUUCCCUGACCACAGCUCCAGAAUUAUCUCAGGCGACAACUACCUGGUUACCCCUGGGAGCCGCCACAUCUCAGGCAAAAGGUGGUAUUGUGUCUCAGUCAUUUUCCAAUUUCACCGGCUCCUUGGACAGCCAUGGGACCUGCCAGUGUUCUGUUUCCCUGCCAGACACCACCUUUCCCGCUGACAGAGUGGAGCGUUUGGAGUUCGCAGCUCUCAUCCUCUCUCAGAAGUUCGAGAAAGAGUUUUCAAAGGUGAAGGAUUAUAUCCAGCUAAUCAGUGUGUAUGAGAAGACACUCCAGAACCUUACUGUCCGAGUAGAGGUCAUGGAGAAGGACAGUAUUUCUUACACAGAGCUGGACUUUGAGCUGAUCAAGCUGGAAGUGAAGGAGAUGCAUAAGCUGGUCAUAGAGCUGAAGAAGAAUUUUGUUGGAAGCACAGAAAUUAUUGACUUGCUGGAAGUGGAGAUAAGGAAUAUGACUCUCCUGGUAGAGAAGCUGGAGACGCUAGACAAGAACAAUGUCCUGAGCAUUCGCCGGCAGAUCUUGGCUCUGAAGACCAGGCUGAAGGAAUGUGAGGCCUCUAAGAGCGGGCUUGUGACUGCCAUGCCCCCUCCUCCUGCCCCUGGAAGCUGCAGUCAUGGUGGUGUGAUGAACAUCAGUGCUCCCUCCGUGGUUCAGCUCAACUGGCUCGGGUUUAGCUAUAAAUAUGGUGCCUGGGGUCGAGAUUACUCUCCUGAGCAUCCAGAGAGAACCCUCUACUGGGUGGCACCUUUGAACUCAGAUGCAAGGUCUCUUGAAUAUUACAGACUUUAUAACUCACUGGACAAUUUGUUAAUCUAUUCACAUUUUCGAGAAUAUCGGAUUCGCUACGGCCAAGGGGGUGGUGCAGUAGCAUUCAACAACAACCUGUAUGUGAACUGGUAUAAUGGGGGAAACAUGGUCAAAAUUAACCUGACUACCAAUGUCGCUACUGUGACUCGACCUCUCCCUAGGGCUGCCUAUAAUAACCGCUUUUCAUAUGCGAAUGUGAAUUGGCAAGACAUUGACUUCUCUGUGGAUGAGGAAGGACUGUGGGUAAUUUAUGCAACUGAGGACAGCACUGGUAACAUAGUGAUUAGUAAACUCAAUGACACCUCUCUUGAGGUGAUAAACACCUGGGUUACCAAGCAGUACAAACCAUCUGUUUCUAAUGCCUUCAUGGUAUGUGGAAUUCUCUAUGCUACUCGCACUUUGACCACCAGAACAGAAGAGAUUUUUUACUACUAUGACACACACACAAGUAGGGAAGGCAAUCUAGCCAUCACCAUGAGAAAGAUGCAGGAAAGAAUUCAGAGCAUUAGUUACCACCCCUUUGACCAAAAACUUUAUGUCUACAAUGAUGGUUAUCUUCUGAAUUAUGAUCUUGUCUUCUUACAGAAGCCCUGAGUCUCCCUCAGCGUUAGGGUCAAGGAGAAAUUAAAAAGUUUGUUGGAAGUGUCCUUCUCCACAUAUUUAGGUACUGCAGGGAGGUCCAGGAAUGUGCUUCUUUAGAAGUGAUGUUAGUUGAGAUAGUAGUUCUACCACAGUAGAGGCCUAGGCUAUUUGUUCCAAUUUUAUUUCUUUUGGGAGCCGUCAUCUUCUUUGGAUGAAUUUAACAACCGAAAUAAGGUCCUUCCAGAUAAAUUUCUCAGAGGCUGGGGUAUUGUGAAUCUAAUGAAAUUUCUAGGGAGGUGAAGUCUAGCAGUUAAGGAACUUAAGGGGAACUCUGUAUGAAUUCUGGGGAUUCUUUUUCUAGGAAAAUUUGCAUGGUGACCAAGCAUCUAUCAUGUAGCCUCAUUGGCUUGUCCAUGCUGGAAAGGACACUGGGGCUUAAUUAGGUAGAUCAACCUCAGAAGGUGAACAAGAGAUUGAAUAUCUAAGUUUGUUUUCUUCACUGGCUCCUGGAAACUGCUUUGUGCUUACCAGAUAGGUAAAUUUGGCAUCUUAAAUAAUAUGUUAGACAUUUUGAGUUUUCUGGAGAAUGGACCCUUUGUACAUUAGGUUGUACACUGAAAAUCAAUCCUGGAGGGGGUUUCAAAUGAUAUACUUGGCUUUUCUUUUCUAUCAUUCUUCACCUACAUGACUCAGAACCCUUUACCUCAUAAUUUAGUUUCCAAGGCAGCUAUGAGAUUAGAAGCAGACUUAGCAACAAAUUGCCUUUCUCUACUGAUUAUGUGUUUUUUUUUUUUUUUUUAACAUUAACUAGUUUUCUAUGGGAUAGAUAUAAGACACAACUAACAUUUUCUUGUCUUAUCAUGCAAUUUUGGCUUAUGUAACUACAAGAUUGUAAAACAAUAAUCAGUUGACAGUGACAUAAUGGUGGCUUUUCUGGUUGUAUAAUAAAGAUCUUGGAAUAAGUUGUA